AUGGACCGACACCGAGUUGGGGAAAUAGAAAUUCAUAGCAGCCAGCAUUUGUUCUCCAUCCACAUAACAAACGUGUCUGCCCUGUCGAAGCCAAGGCUAUAUGAUUCCAAUUUGAGCGGACAUUCCUGGAACAUGGCACUGCUGCUGACGGAGACGGAGACGGAGACGGAGACGGAGACGGAGACGGAGACGGAGACGGAGACGGAGACGGAGACGGAGACGGAGACGGAGACGGAGACGGAGACGGAGACGGAGACGGAGACGGAGACGGAGACGGAGACGGAGACGGAGACGGAGACGGAGACGGAGACGGAGACGGAGACGGAGACGGAGACGGAGACGGAGACGGAGACGGAGACGGAGACGGAGACGGAGACGGAGACGGAGACGGAGACGGAGACGGAGACGGAGACGGAGACGGAGACGGAGACGGAGACGGAGACGGAGACGGAGACGGAGACGGAGACGGAGACGGAGACGGAGACGGAGACGGAGACGGAGACGGAGACGGAGACGGAGACGGAGACGGAGACCGAGACGGAGACGGAGACUUCUCUAAACGAAUUUUAA